GAUAUGUGCUCAACAAUGAAGCUACAGGUAUUGCUAGUAGGACUUCUUGGUCUCUUGGCUGUGGCCACGGCCCUUCCACAGAAAGGCAAGAAAAAAAAUAUUGAGAUCUGGAUAAGACCGAAGCCUAUGGACAUACCACAACCGCCCUAUUAGAUCAAUUGGUACACCAAUCGUCUUUUUCUUGGUCUUUGUACAAAUAGUAACGACAUCAUUUUUCACUAAUAAAAUGGCCCCACCAUUUUAAA